AUGGGGAAUUGUCUCCGGAGAGAACGCAGGCAGGAAAUGACUGCACUUGAGAAAGAAAAUCGAGGUCAAGAGCAGGAAAGUAAUGAAGUUUUAUCCACCUCUAAUCAGGAAAAUGAGGAUGGCAGUGGUUCUGAAGAAGUGAGCUACACAGUCAUUGUUCCCCGCUCUCCACACAAGCCCUCCGUGAGUUCCAAUGACAACGGCUAUGAGAACAUUGACUCCACCACAAAGAGAGUGAAGUUGCUUAAGGAAGGAACCGAAACAGAGUACGCCAUUCUCAGGACGGCGUGCACCACCAGGCCUUUGUCCCGCUCCGGGGAGCCUGAUUAUGAGCUUGUGCUCCCCCACUAG